AAUGUUUUAGUUCUAAUCACACCAUUAACAUGAACACCGGUGCCGGUCAAAUUCUUGAUCUCAUAGCUGAUAAAUAUCACUAUGUGGGAUAUGUUUUAGAAAAGAAAUGGAAUGGCUUGCUGGAUAUUAUAGGUGAUGAUCCCCAAAUCGUGUGGAUCUUGGGUACCACUGCGGUAUUUAUGCUGGUCUAUUGGCUGAAUGCCAGUUGGUAUACCUUUAUGGAUGUCACCUUGAAACCGAAGUCUGCACGAAAAUAUAAAAUUCAGCCGGAGAAAAAUGCACCUGUUGAAACGAAAAAACUUAUUGAGGGCAUCCUUAAUGUCUUAAUGAACCAGACCCUUGUCGGAAUUCCCAUGUAUUAUAUCCUCUAUCACACACUCUUCAAGGUCCGUUGCAAUCAGACACCCCUACGUGAGCUACCCACCAUGCAAAAGGUCCUCUUCGACAUAGUCGUCGUUUCCAUAUUAGAAGAAUUCUAUUUCUAUUACAUUCAUCGGGCAAUGCAUCACAAAUCGAUAUAUAAAUAUGUCCAUAAGAAACACCACGAAUGGACUGCGCCCAUUGCGGCGAUAACCUUCUAUGCUCAUCCCUUGGAACAUAUCUUUUUGAAUUUAAUACCCGUAUCGCUGUCGUUUGCAUUGGUCCGCUCGCAUGUCUUUACCGUCUGGCUGUUCCUGACAUUGGCCAUCUUCAAUUCAAUGGCAGAUCAUUCGGGAUAUUCAUUUCCACGUUCCGGCUCUUCGAUACGUUAUCAUGAUUUGCAUCAUUCGAAAUUUAAUUAUAACUACGGCAUGUUUGGAUGGUUGGACAAACUUCAUGGAACCUAUAGAGAAUCUAAAGUGGAAACGGAACCUAGUGUUAAAAAUAAGGGCAAACAUAUCAAAGACAAAAGUGUAAAUAAGAAAAUGAAGAAUAAAUAA